GUGCUUCACUAAAAUCACCAAAAGAAAAAGAAAAAAGUACUAACUACAUCCAUGAUUUGCAAUAUUGCAAUUUGCAAUCUUUAUGAUAACGAAUCUUCGUGUUGUAAACAUAAAACAUAAAAAUAUAAUUAAAAAUUAUUCUUGCUAGACAGCUGUUUGUAUCGUAUAUCACAUGUAAAUUCCACGAAAUCGCGCCUUUCGAAUUAGAUUCAAAUUAAACUUUCCUUUCUUUCCGAGUGAAUAAUUAAUAAUUAUUGAACACAAUUACGAAAGUAAAUCCAGUGAGUUUCGUUGAAUGAAAUUUGAAGAAACGGACUGUAUUAGUUGAUUUGAUAAGAUUAGGCAUGCACUUGGUGCAUGUUACACUGCCACUUAUAGGCGAUUUUCUUUGGAUGAAUAAUCGUUAUCCUGCAUUGCGUCAUCAUGAGUGAAGAAUUCAGGAAAAUAGUAACAAGAUUUCAUCCUAUCCAUGGUGAGAAUAUUCUCUUGUGUGAGGACAGCACAGUGGCGAUACGCACUACGAGUUUUGCCAACUCAGUGGCCUUCAGCGAGAAGCCGUUGCAGCCAGGAGAGAUCUUUCUCGUGGAAAUUGAAAAGACAGAGAGAGGUUGGAGUGGACACAUGCGAUUAGGGCUUACAUUAAUUGAUCCUGCCUCAGUCAACAACAAUCUACCCCAGUAUGCGAUGCCUAAUUUAGUUAGAUUAGGUAACACAUGGAUCCUCGCUAUAACUAGGAAUCAGACUAUCUGGGAUAACUUUGAUGGUGGUCUAUCAUCUACAUAUACUUCCCUUACUGGUAUACCACCAGGAAUACCAGCCAGAGAAAAGAAAUUAGUCACAGAUGGGGUCAAUGUGCAGACAUCGCGUGGUAUCAUUCCAUUCAAUGCUUUGAAGCCAAACAUAGAUGGUUCCUCUCAGUGCAUCUUGCCCACAGAUGUUGGUAGUCGAAUCGGUAUCAUGUAUGUGCCACAAGCUGGUUGCCCUGAUAAAGCAGAGAUGCAUUUCAUUAUUAAUGGUGAAGAUCAAGGUGUAUGUGGAAAGGAUAUUCCUUAUAAGGCUGGACCUUUGCGUGCAGUGGUGGAUGUCUAUGGUACCACGAAACAAGUUCGAAUAAUUCAGCUAUAUGGAGUAUCGACACUACAGAGUGCGUGCCGUGAUGCUAUAUUGCAAUAUACUAAGAGGAAUGCAGUUAAUUUGCUUCCACUACCAAGACUAUUAAAGGACUAUCUGUUGUAUCAGUCACAGUGAGAAUCAGCUCACAUUCCACUUAUACAUACAUUUUUAUACAUGUUUACAAAACAUUUCUCAUUAAUUUCUUUUUGUUCCCAGUGAUAUCAUAUAACAUAUCUCCAUGUUUAAUAUGUAUAUGCUUUAUAUAUAUAUAUACAUGUAUAUAUACAUGUUCUAAGUCUUAAGUAUGAAAGAUUAUCUCGAUUUAUACAAAAUCUUGAAUUUAUCUAGACAAUAUUUGUAUAUGUUUUAUUCACAUUGGAAAUGAUUUUGUCUGUGUCGUAAUGUAAAUUAUACUCUCAGUUUUCAAAAUUUUUUUUUUAAUAUGGACUUUUAAAUUAUUGUGUGUACAUAAUGUAAUGUACGAAAUGUUUAUCGCUGCAUCGAGAAUACCAGCGAAAUUGUAUUGAAAGUUUAAUUGUAAGUAUCAUUUGGACAUGACUAUGUUCAUGAAAUAUAAUGUAAUGCUAUACUUAAAA